ACGCAGGGUGACGUGGGGCUCGCCAUGGGCAAGCUCUACGGCAACGACUUCUCCCAGACUACGAUCUCGCGCUUCGAGGCGCUCAACCUCUCCUUCAAGAACAUGUGCAAGCUGAAGCCGCUUCUCGGCAAGUGGCUGGAGGACGCCGACGCCUCGCUCGCCAACCCGGACGCCGCCAUGCCCGGCUUCUUCCACGCCUCCCCCGAGCACCUCUCCGGGCGGCGACGCAAGAAGCGCACGAGCAUCGAGACGACGAUCCGCGUCGCGCUCGAGCGCGCGUUCCUCACCAACCCGAAGCCGAUGUCCGAGGAGAUCCAGAUGCUCGCGGACGGGCUCGGCAUGGAGAAGGAGGUCGUGCGCGUCUGGUUCUGCAACCGCCGCCAGAAGGAGAAGCGGAUCAACCCGCCGUCGAGCGUCGGGAGCCCGCCGAUCGAGGCGGUCAUCCGGGGCGGAGGAGGGGUGAAGUCGUCGCAGAAUUCGCCGUCGUCGCUCCUGCCGAUGUCGCUGUCGUCUGCCAUGAAGCAGCAGCAGCAGCAGCAGCAGCAGCAGCAGCAGAUGAAGCAGGAAGCCAUGAGCCUCGGGAUGCUGCGCGCGGCCGCCGCCGCCUCGGAGCACGAGUUCCGGCCGAUCCACGGCUUCGCGCCGGCGACCGCCGCGACCGCGCCCGUUACCACGGCGAUGACCCACGUCGGGUCGAUGUCGAUGACGCUGCCGCCGGCCGUGCCGCUGAUGUCCGCAGCUGCCGCCGCGAAGACGGAAGCCAACGCUUCGAGUUGA